GGCUGUCUUGUUUCACUGUCUUAAUAUGAUCCAGAGGUGCUGUACCAUCAGCACAUCAGAAAUUCCUAGGUGGCCAGUGGGGGACAAAAGAAGGCAAUGCAAACCAGAGUUGGAGCUGAGAACAGGACCAUCACUGGACACGGCGCUGGCCUAUGGGGCCAGUUCUCAUCAUCACCAGCUGGAAAGACUGAUGGACUUCAGGCAAGGUCUUUGGCUGUGGCCAGUGGAGGGUUUCAUGAUUGAAUUAGGGGACAACCCCCCCUCAUACCAGCAGCUGAUCAUUUCUAACCUAUGCUCACAGAAAGUCCUGAUCCUCAUGUUUCUCUGCUGUCGCCUGUGGGCUCCUCCAGAGCCGUGAAGAAGGGGGAACUCCAGCCCCAUCACAAGAAGACUGGGUCUUCUACGCAUGGCGACUCAACCCAUGUGAAAGCUCUCUUGUGUGAGUACCCGGCAGCACGCUUUGCUGUCUGUGGUCUGUGGACACUGACUGGCACCUAAGCAACAUCCCAGCUCCCUUCUCUCCCCCUAGACGCCACUGUCUUAGAGCCUCCAUGUGCAUUUGCUAUGACAUACAUCAGUGUUGAUGAGAGACAGGAACACUGCCGGGUGAUCUUGAGCUGCCAAAAUAAUCAGCUCUAUGCACAACAUGGCUUAAAGGAUUUUUCAGUUGACAGCAUGCAUCCACUAAAGAACCUAGACACCCAUAUUUUUUCUGGGAACUUCCACACUCUAGACUGCUGCCACACAGGCAAGCCACCUUUGGCCAGUCCUGUGGAAAACCGGAUGUAUCGGAGCGUGGAGAACCUUCAGUGGGCAACAGUUGCUGACUCUGGGCUGUAUUCUCACUGCCGGAGCCUGGAUAACGAGAUCAUCUUUCGCUACAGAGGCACCAGUCAGUGGACAGAAGGUUGUGUGGAUGUGGCCCCAGCACAGAGCCCAUCAGACUCCCCGAAGAACCUUUCUCUCCAUGCUAAACAGACAUCUCGAUCAGCACAGAAUGUGCUCCUUGCUCCCCUUGCCAAAGUGCCUCAGUGGCUCUUCCCUUCUGCAGAGGAAAGAGCUCUACACGGGGAUGCCAAAAAAGAGCUGAAGGAGAAACUGAGGCUGCACAAUAGUAAGGUGGCAGAGCUCUGCAAGCCACUGCGUCCAGAAGUGGCACUGCCUGACCUGAUGGCUCGGGAGUUUUUUCCAUGCCAGGUGUGCCAGCAGUGCAGGAACGGUUGUGCUGUCAACUGCUGCACAGUUUUGAUGGAACACGCUGCUCUCAGGCACAGCCUCACAGGGAGGCAGAGUCUGUGUUUUGCACACAGGAUUGUCAGUCCAGAAGACAUCAAACAGGAGGCUCAGAGGAGGCUUCAGGUCCGAAGGCAGAACAGCUCCCCCAGUUUGCCCCUUCAGCAUGACAGGGAAACCCGUGAGAUGGCCAAAUCCAGAACAUCAGAAACCAUAGAACAAUAUAGUAAGGAAACAGAUGUCAAAUCUACACUGGGACAGAGCAAGAAAGGCCUCUGCAAAGGGAGGCUUUACAUACCCACCUUUGAGGAAUUCAAGCAAAUAAGAAGUAAAGCGGCUAAUUCUUCCGCCAGCAGCAGCGGGCCAGUGGAUUCCUUGAAUAAGGGUCUGCCUGCAAACCAGAGCCUGAAGGAGGAGAGCAGUAAGAAUGUCUGUCCAGAAGUUCUGGGGACUAAAGCUGUAAAUGAAGCUGCUGUAACAGCAGAGGAUGAUGAUGAUGUGUUCCAUGAAAACCACACCUCUGCUGGCUUUUCCCAAUAUCCAAACACAUGGGAUGGUUUCAGGAUGAGCAGCCCUGACAUGAAGGACAGAACCUUCCAAAUCUGCAGCCCAGAUAGAUCACCGGUCCCCAUUUGCUCUAGCCCUAUUCCACUAUCACCUUUACAGGCAGUAGCGAUACAUAGAGCUGGGCAGGAGAUCUUCAGUGAUGAGCAGCAGAAAGGAGAGACAAGACAAUUAAAUGAUGUCCUCCACCUUGCAGGGCAGUCGCUGGCUUCUGAAGCCCAGUCUUCUUGCUGUUCAUCGCUGCUGUUAGAAGCCACAGACUUAUCCAGCUAUGGAGCUAAGCUACAAAAAAUGAAGGACGAAUUCAUAGGUUCAGCCUUGGAACUUAUUAAGAAAAGCUGCAAUGCUGAGACUGCUGGCAAAUCCCCCUCCAAGGGACAGUGUGAUCUGAGGGAAGCUGAUCUCCCACCUCCUGAGGACAGCCAACAGCCCACAGCGAUGUCCAUGGCAACAGAGACCUGGGAGGACAAACCAAGCAAUGAGACACCCAGCGACAUUCCACCUGCAGAGAGCACCCCCAGUUCUGGCUGCCGGCGGUCCAGUUCCAACAUUGUCCAUGAGAGUGCAGAUGGUGCCAAGGCGCAGCGGGAGUGCCGGCUGCGGCCGCACUUCAGUGACCCCAUGCCAACAGACUCGGUGAAGAGGAAGCAGCUGGAGCUGAAGAUUGCAGCUGCAGCACGGCAGCACGCACAGAAGCGCCGGCAGGAGCGAGACUAUGGUCCAGUGGUAGCAAAAGCCAACCUUGGCCAUGGUGGCAGCUUUGAUGAGACUCGCUGCACCCCACGUGUCUCCCUUCGCUCCAGACAUCACUGGAGUAAUGUCAGCAGCCUGAGCACAGACAGCGGGGUUGUUGGUGUGAAUGAUGUCCAGGAUGACCUGGAUCCCAGUGAGGCCACCCAGACCAAGUCAGCGGAUGUGGAGAGGGCAGAUAGUGGCAUUGGCCAGACACCAGCCAGGAAGUGGAGAAACAGGGCAUCUGAAAUGCUGAGCUCCCUGCAGGCCUGGGAAGCACACCGCCCCUGCACCGACUGUGGAGAAAGAGACCUCCCAGUGGAGACAGAUGUGCAGAACUGCAAUCGGAGGCGGGCUGACCUCUGCGAGAAGUGCUGCAAACGCAGGACGGAGCGCAAGGAGUCUGUGCUGGAGUUUGUCAACACAGAGGCCAGCUAUGGAGAGGACCUGCGCAUCAUCAAAGAGGAGUUCUACCUCCCCAUGCAGGCGGCUGGGCUGCUGAGCCAGGAGCAGCUCCUGGGCAUCUUCAGCAACAUCCAGGAGCUCAUCGACCUCAAUGAGAGCUUCCUGGAGAUACUUCAGGAAGAGAUCGAUCAGGCCUUUGAUCAGGGUGAUGAUGACCUGAUGACCGUGUGCAUCGGUGAAAUAUUUCUAGAGUUUGUCAACAUGCUGCCAGCCUUUCAGACCUACUGUCUUCAGCAGUCCUCCUCCGUGAAUAUGCUCAACGCUCUGGAGAAGGAGAAAGAGCUCCUCAGAAUAUUCCUUGAUGUCUCCCAGAAUGACAACACAGCACUGCGGCGAAUGAACUUGAGGUCCUUCCUAAUGGCCCCUUUGCAAAGAGUCACCAAGUACCCGCUGCUGCUCAGCAGAAUCAUCAAGGCCACCACCGAAUACCACCCAGAUCACAGCAGCCUGCGGGAGGCCAAGAGCCGCAUUGAGUCUCACCUGGAGCACAUCAACAUGAAAACCAAGCAGGAGGGGAACAUGUGGACCCUCCGAUCUUUUCGCCAGGACAGCAAGAAGAAGAGGGAAGUCAUCAACAUUGAGAUGAGAGAAACUGCCCUCAAAACAGUAGGUUGGCUGCGGGAGGAAACAAGAUUUGUGAUGGAGGGGUCUCUGCAGCUGGCCCAGCCCCCCGAUGGCCAGUGGGUGAAGAAAGGCAGCAAGACCCUGAAGUUCCAGAACAUGCAGGUCCUCCUCCUCGUGAACAUGAAGCGUGUGUCAGAGUCCAGCCUGGAGUCAGCUGAGCCAGGGCCCGUGAAGGACGCCGUGCUGGUACUCAUCAGGGACAAAAAUAAUGGGAAGUUCCAUUUGCUCAGGGAGCCCUUAAGGCUGAGCAAUUGCAUUGUGUCCACUGACCCCGACUGUGACGACACUUUUGAACUCAUUGAGAUCAGGCGGGAGGCAUUUGUGUUCCGGGACAGCGACCGGGCACGGACUCACCACUGGUUCAGGCAAAUCCGGCGGUACUCAAAGGAGCUGGGCUCCUGGAAGAAGCGGCGCAACGCACUGCCCAACAUCAUGAUCAGCACCCCUCACACCAGGCCCUGAGUCCUGCACGGGCAGCAAGCAGGGAGACUUGGCUUGACCAGUGCCAUGUGCGAGGACCACCAAGAGCCUCAGUGGCUUGAUCUUGCUCUGCUCCAUGGACAACAAAGGGAGGAGCCUGGCCCAUGAAGACUCUGAGCAGCACUGGAAGCAAGCAUCACAGCCCUAUUCUGGUCUCCCAGCCUCUGGACUCACAACCUGUUUGUUUUUAAUAUACACAUAGGGGUGGGCUUCCCUCAGGGAGCAGAUCUCUGGAGGAAAGUACUGAGUUUAACUUAAUAUUGCACUGCAGAAUGAUGUAUGAUGCUUGCCAUUGCAUGGAUUGUGUUGAAAGCCAGUCUUGACAACAUGAGAGAGGUUUCCAUUGACUAUAUUUCAUCAGCAUUAGGUAAAGUCAGGGUCAAAAUUAGGUGCAGUAUUAUGCAACAGAGGAUGCAAGUUGGAUGUAAUUGUUUUCUGCUGCUACUCCUAAGGACUGUCUUUCAUUACUCACCUCUGUAUAUUCAGUCAAAAUACUUGUUGAAAAAAAGGCCUUUCAUCUUUAAUCCAAAUCAAGUAGGUAUCAAUUUGCUCAGAUUCAGCUGCAUGCACACAGAAAAAAAAAAGCAAGACUGAAAGGAGUUCUUGUUCUCUGACACAUAUACCCCAAGUGUGUGUAGAACAUGUGGAAGAGCACUAUAACCCUGUUGAAAGUCUGAUAUUUAACUGGCUUAGGGACUGUAACAUAACACUGCAUCUGAAAUAGAAGUCUAUGUAAAUAUAGCUCUGCUACCACUAAUAAUGAAUUUAAAAGUUUGCCAUUAUUUAAAUGAUGUAAUCUAGUGUAUUUCAAAAUUGUAUUUCAAAGGAACAAUUUACAUUGUACUGUAGAGUAAUAUAAAAGGUUUUAAUAAUUA